UGUCUAUGGGUUUGUCAUGUUGUGCCUCCACUCUAGUCAUGGAUUUCUAAUGUUUCCAAGGCUGAAUUAUUUAGAUGGACUGCCAGCAGGGAGCUACAUGAUAGCACAGACAGGGAGGGGGGCUGUAGCUGCAGAUCAGGUAAAGGGUACCUCAUGCUUCACCUUUUCUCUUCUUCACUCCUCCCUUUUCAUUGAGGGUGUGUGUAACUGGAGAGUUGAAACACAAUACCCGGCUCUAUUUUCUGCUUUUAUAGCUGUCCUGUUUAUUGUCUUCAACGAUGCCUGACUCAAGUGAGCAGUCGCAUUUUGGUGGCUCUCUGGGCCAACAUGGUCCUGAAUGGACUGGAGGCCAAGACGACGGGGCUGCAAGUCGCUGUCACUACUGUGGCACCAUUGCAGGGUGUAGAAGUUCUUUGCCUCUUGGUGGGGGAGAUAGUGGAGCGUUGUUUCAUCCUCACCGAGAUCUUGGUAAGAAACAGGAUCCAGUUCUUCACCCAUCCUUGUACAGGCAAAUCCAGCAGGACCGCCGCAUACAGCCGCUACUAAAGAAGAACUCUGUCCCUGAUCUGAGCAGCAGCUUCUACCUCAGGCAAGUGAUGGCAGGUCGGGCCUCUGCACCACCUCAGGAUUAUUACCUAGCUGACGCUGCCUUUUCGGGUCAUCCACCUGAAGAGUCUGGCUCUUACAGAGAUAACCAGGACUUGUUCACCAGAUCAGCCUUGCAUUAUGGGCCAAGUGCUGGGGGGGUGAGACCUACCUGGGAUCAAGGACAAGCAAGGGCCGCACCCUCUGUGCUGGCCUCUGCUUCUACACCUGCCCCAGUGCCUCCUCCUCCUCCACCUCCUCCCCCGCCUCCUCCGCCUCCCCCUCCUCCCCCUCCAGUUCAUGAGCUGAGCCGUUUGUACAGGGAAUCUCUUGGAUCUAAGAUGAUCCCAGACGUUCAGCGUAUUGGCGGCAGCUCUCCCUCUCCUGUAGUCUACGGGGUUCAUCCCCCUCUACCUGUUUAUGCUGCUGAGCUACCGUCUCUCUCUACGCGCCAAGCUUAUAACAAUAUCAACAGCUUGUCCCUGGACCCCCGUCAGCCAGCUACCACAAGUACAGUGGUGGACCCAGCUUCUCAGGGAAUGGACGGCGCUCUUCCUCGGGCUUAUGGAACUAUAGCCUCCCAGAGGCUUCCGUAUGACCCAAGCUAUGACCCGAGCUCAACCAUGGUGGCUGCCACAGCUGGGAUGACCUCUGGUCUGCCUCCUCAUCAUCCUAGUGCUGCAGACCCCAAGAAGAUGGUGGACCCUGCCUUUUUGGCUUUCCUGCGAGCUGAAGGCUUGGCUGAGAGCACUAUCACUCUCCUGCUUCAACAUGGGUUUGAUUCCACCGCCACACUGGGAAUGAUGGAGGAUCAUGAUGUCCGCUCUGUGGCCCCUAACCUGGCUCAGGCUCGUGUUCUGUCCCGUGUGGUACUUGGUUGCAAGGCAAGUGGACCAGUAACACGUACCCGAUCUAAUAGCUUUAGCCACCGCAACGACCUAUACAUGCAGCCCCAGGGUUUGACCAUGGACCCUAACCUGAUGCAGCAACCUCCCACCACCAUCCAGACUGUGUCCCCCAGGAUGGGAGAGUUUCUUGGUAGAAGACCCAGCAGCGCACCCUCCCAACACCUCUUGGAGACCACCACGUACCCAGGAGCCCGGCCUCUGGCAACUGGAGCUUUCCCAGUCAGCCCCGGAGGAUACAGCAGUGCUCUGACUCAGGGAAGACCCCUCUCCCUGUACAAUGCCCACACCGGUCUUGCCAUGUCUGCUGUUGGACAGCAGCCUCCACCAGCUCCAGGCACCCCUGGAGCAGCACCCAAAACCUUCUCUGGCUCCUAUUCCCCCAUGGAGCUGAUGAAGAGAGCCCCCAAUCUUCCCCCAACAUCACCAGUCGGAGCUCCAAGUCCUCUUCACAGCCCCCAGCUUCUCCGGAAGGGGAUCAGCGCUGCUCCUGAGAAUACCAUUGUUCCCGUAACUUCUUCCUCCACUCUUCAAUUGCAAAACCUUAACAACACCAAGAUGGUAGGACGUCGUACUGGUCCCCCUGUCAUAGUCUCCACCAUGACCACCACACCUGACACAAGUAAUGUCAAACCCCUUUCUCCCUAGUUUCUUCUCUGCCCUUGUUGCUGAUUUAUAUUUUUUUCUGUAGAGGUGUUAAUCUGGUUUUCCUGAUUGUUUUGUCAUAGAUUAUAUCCAUAGUGAGAUUUAAUUUGGUAUAUUAUGGACUUUUGGAAUAUGACAAACUAGUACAGAAUUUUUGAAUGGAGGAGUAGUAUGUAAGAUGCAUCUGACAAGUGAAGCAGCUUUGCUUUGAGAAGUUUUUUUUUUUUUUCCUAAAUUAUGCAACUAUUUAUACGUGAAUUGCAACAGAGUUGUGUCAUUUGCCGGAGGGGAUCCUGUCUCAUCACCAAGAUGAAAUAUUUCUAAUGAGCAACACCAGCUAUUGAGGUCAACAUUUUAACAUUUUUGCUGUCUUUUUCUCUCACUCAGUUUAAUGGUCAGAAUCACUUUGAAGCAACAGUGUGCUUUUGGAGUUGUUUUGUAGGACCACCUUGCUUUUUUUUUUUUUCAAGGUUACUUAUACAAAGGUGGCGAGCACUCUCAAAACUAUUUGGCUGAAAAACACAUUUUUUUAGACAGGAUGGUACGUGGAGGCUACUUUCUUAAUGUGCUCUUAGAAAUGUUUUUGUAGAAGAAGAAAAAAAAACACACAAACUCCAGCUUGUGUCAAGUGCAUACAAGUUUAUUUACUUGAUACAGAAAAGCUGUCAUUCUAUUUUACACUGUACUCUCUCCUAAUCAGAGGCUUAACUGCCUCUAAUCCAGUUACACUAAUUGGAUGCAUGGUUGUGUACACUAUAAUAGGAAACUGUUUUUUAUAGACACCCUGUUGUCUGUUUGAAAUUCUUGUUGUUUGUUUGCUAUA